AAGCUGUGAUUGAGGCUGCUGUGGGGGGUGCAGUUUCUCACAUUCUGUAGAGGACACACAUACACACACAGAGAAACACUCAAGAGUGUGUGUUAGGCAGACAGCUGAGGGAUUCACUCGCUCGCUGGAGUUGCGCUCACAGAAGAUGGAUCUCUUGAGGACUUGCUUGUGUUGGGUCUGUGUGCUGGUCAUUGGACUUCUGGGACUUGUGGAGGAGAACUUGGCUAAUGUUCUGGACACCAUGCUGCUGAGGAAUUCUGGGAAGGUGGAAGAACGUCGGGAGACAGGAAGUGAUGUGCCGGCUCUACCUCAGCGCUUCCUGUGGUGUUAUUGUUACCAUCACUGUCCGGAGGACUCCACUAAUAACACAUGCAGGACGGAUGGUUACUGCUUCACCAUAGUGGAGGAAGAGGGUGGAGCGGCUGUGGUGACGUCAGGCUGUCUGGGUCUGGUCGGAUCAGAGUUUCAGUGCAGAGACACGGGGAACUCUAAACAGCGGCGAGCGCUCGAGUGCUGCACAGAUCAGGACUACUGUAACAGAGACCUACAUCCAACACUGCCUCCCCUACGAACACCCAGUUACGUGGUGGGAGACAUUCAUCAUAUUGCUCUGCUCAUCUCAGUGACCGUCUGUAGCUUCAUCCUCACUUUCAUCAUCAUCUUCUGUUACUUCAGGUAUAAGCGUCACGAGUUAGUCCCGCGCUACAGCCUCGGCCUGCAUCCGGACGAGACGUUCAUUCCUCCGGGAGAAUCCCUGCGGGAUCUCAUAGAGCAGUCCCAGAGCUCCGGCUCAGGGUCAGGACUCCCCCUGCUGGUGCAGCGCACUAUAGCCAAGCAGAUCCAGAUGGUGACACAGAUCGGGAAGGGCCGUUAUGGAGAGGUGUGGAUGGGGAGAUGGAGGGGAGAGAAAGUAGCUGUGAAAGUCUUUUUCACCACAGAGGAGGCCAGCUGGUUCAGAGAGACAGAGAUAUAUCAGACUGUGCUCAUGAGACAUGAGAAUAUACUGGGGUUCAUAGCGGCCGAUAUUAAAGGCACAGGCUCAUGGACUCAGCUCUACCUCAUCACCGACUACCAUGAGAACGGCUCUCUGUACGACUAUCUCAAAUGCACCACCCUGGACAGCCGGGCCAUGCUGAGACUGGCGUACUCGUCCGUCUCCGGCCUCUGCCACCUUCACACGGAAAUCUUUGGCACGCAGGGCAAACCGGCCAUCUCUCACAGAGACCUGAAGAGCAAGAACAUCCUGGUGAAGAGGAACGGCGCCUGCUGCAUCGCUGACCUCGGCCUGGCCGUCAAGUUCAUCAGCGACACUAAUGAAGUGGACAUCCCGCUGAACACACGCGUGGGCACCAAACGCUUCAUGGCUCCUGAAGUUCUGGACGAGACUCUGAACAGGAACCAUUUUCAGUCCUACAUCAUGGCCGACAUGUACAGCUUCGGUCUCAUUCUGUGGGAGAUCGGCCGCCGGUGUGUGUCUGGAGGUAUCGUAGAGGACUAUCAGCUGCCGUAUCAUGAUCACGUUCCUAAUGACCCGUCAUAUGAAGACAUGCGAGAGGUGGUCUGUAUUAAGAGAAUACGGCCGUCUUUCCCCAACCGCUGGAGCAGUGAUGAGUGUUUGAGGCAGUUGGGGAAGCUCAUGACGGAGUGCUGGGCUCAUAAUCCGGCCUCUCGUCUCACCGCCCUGCGGGUUAAAAAGACACUGGCCAAGAUGUCAGAGUCCCAGGACAUUAAAGUCUGAUGAAAGACCAACAGCACUGACACUAACUGCCUGACGUGGGUUCAAACGGAGACGAACCUCCCAGAGAUCUCGUGUGGUCAGAGCUGAUGGUGGCACGUCUUCACUGUAUGAGGACCAGUGGGACGAAGCAGGACCUCAGCGAGCGAGAUAACAUGCCUGCCGUCCACGACUCGUAUGUCUUUUCACAGUCUGUUCAGCUCAUGCAUGACAAUGGUUUUGGAUCAUAUCAGAUUUGUGUUGUCAGUCACUCAACAACUUGCAACAAGUGUGAUGGUUGAAGUCAUGAUAGCUGCGGUUUCCCACAUUCUCUGGUGGGCUGUGCCUUAUUUAUUGUGUAAAUAGAUGAAAAUGAAUGGCGCAUCAAUGUACUUGAAUAAAUGUUCUAA